CCAGGACGCGAACGGACUCACCACGUGUUGAGGGGAAUGUUGGGCGCCAUGGAGAGGUUAGGAGUAACGCAUCUGACGGUGGUGCCGUCAGUGGUGGUGGUUGUGACGAAGGACGGCGUCACCGAUGGGUACAGUUUUAAGUCGUUGGAAUCCGUGGUGUGCGGUGGGGCUCCUCUGGGAAAGGAAACCGCUCAUGCUUUCAACGCCAAGUGUGGAAUUCAGGCAAAGCUAAGAGAGGUGGCAUCUUUGGAGGGACAUGUUCUUUUGAAAAAGCUAAGAGAUGCAUUAGAAUCUUUAAGAGGUUGUUUUGCUGGAAGAAACAAAGAGGAUGUGGAGAAAGCUAUCUUUAUGGUGGAAGCUUUGGCAGUUAAGUUGACUCAAAAUGAGGGAGAAUUGAUUCAAGAGAAGUUUGAAGUGAAGAAGCUUGUAAACUUUCUCAAACAGGCUUCCGAAGAUGCUAAAAAGUUGGUUAAUCAAGAGAAGUCUUUUGCCUGUACCGAAAUCCAAAGUGAUAGGUCAGUGGUGCUGAGAAUUGGGGAGGCACUUGAGGAACAAGAAAAAGCUUCCCAAGCUUCUAAACCACAAGUACUAAAAUGUUGUUUGAUUACACGAUUAUAUGUGUAUGACGUGGAUGGACUAAUAGAAGAGGUUCAAGAAGCUAGAAGAAUCAAAUUGUUGCAUUAGCCAAGCAAGGUGAUGGCGAUGGAAUAUGAACUUCGUGCUCUUCAUCAACUGCCCCUUCAUCAUCUUCCUCUGGUCCCACCACUCGCGCUCUAGGUGGUUUUAUUUUCUAAAAUUCAUCAUCUUCAUCAACUGCCCCUUCAUCAUCAACUACUUAAUAUUUUCUAAAAUUCAUGUAUUUCAAUUAUUUGAAAUUGAAUUACUAUUAUUAUAACUAGCAAAAAAAAAAGGCACUCCGUGCUUGCGUUGUAUUAAAAAAAAAAUAAAUAUUGAAAAGAAU